CUCAGCCGUCCGUUUCAAAAGUCUUUCUCGAUCCCCACUUUUUAGAGCUCAGUUCCACUGUCUGGAGGAUAGCUUCCAAAAUUUGCUCAUGGAGAAGAAGAGAGAUUUUGCAGAUUUUCAAAGAGGGAUUUUGAAAUUACUCCCUUUCAUCUAAGAUUCACUAGCUUCUCCUCCAGAUUCUUCGUUCUUCCCCUAGAAUUUGCUGGGAAGAGCUUCCUCGAUCAGCUGAAAGCAAUUUCAGGAAUUCGAAUAGUCCCUUAUUUGUUCUUCAUAUCUUCCUUCAGAAUGUUAAGGGACCCAAAAUUUUUGCGCCGGAGUUCUGGUAAGAAUGAGGAGCUUGAAAAUGUGCCGGUGAAUCCUAGGGAUCCAGUGCAGACUCGAAUUGGUUCGGACUUAUCACGACCUCCAUUGAAUACAAUUCAAGAGCCAAUUCGAAAUUCGGAACUAGAAAAGGAAAUUGGUGUGAAGAGUAGAGUUGAAAGGACUCCCGUUAAGGCGAAGGGAAAGGAAUCUGAUCUUGCAUUGCCCCUCCGCACGCCGGACAAGCAUGGAGGAGCUGGGUUUUCGUCCAGGAAGCGGUUUGGUUGGGCUCAGAGAAGUGAAUCUGGUUCUCUCCCCGACGAAGAGAAAGCUGAUUCGGUUGCUUGUUCAGCACAGCCGAGCCGUGGAGUCGGAGGAUGUGGAAAUGGGGGUUUUUCUAACGUCACAACUCCUAGGACAACGAGGACGGUGGGAAGAGCAACCUCGAGUUAUUCCGAAAGUAAUUCUACGCAAAGCACGCCGACUAAAAGUGUUUCUAAACCUCCCUAUUCAGUUUGUCGCAGCAAAAUUGAUCGAAUCAAUAACUUAUCUGCAUUGUAUAAAGGGAUUCCUGCUAACCCUGUACCUCCUUCGGUUGUCAAUACGGUCGAAGUCCCUCACUUUGAUCUCAAGGAAGACCCUUCAUUUUGGAUGGAACACAAUGUACAGGUUCUUAUACGUGUUCGUCCUCUAAAUAACAUGGAGCGAAGUAAUAAUGGCUACAAUAGGUGCUUAAAACAGGAAAGUGCUCAAUCCAUCACUUGGAUUGGCCAGCCAGAAACAAGAUUCACGUUUGAUCAUGUGGCAUGUGAAACAGUGGAUCAGGAAAUGUUGUUCAGGAUGGCUGGUCUGCCAAUGGUUGAGAACUGCCUGUCAGGCUACAAUAGCUGUAUGUUUGCCUACGGUCAGACGGGAAGUGGAAAGACAUACACAAUGCUUGGUGAGAUUGAAGAUCUUGAAGUCAAGCCGAGUUCGCAUCGUGGAAUCACUCCCCGUAUAUUUGAGUUCUUAUUUGCAAGGAUCCAUGCUGAGGAAGAAAUUCGACAAGAUGAGAAACUGAAGUACAAGUGCAAGUGCUCUUUCUUAGAGAUUUAUAAUGAACAAGUUACAGAUCUUCUAGACCCCUCCUCCACAAAUUUACUUCUGCGGGAAGAUGUUAAGAAGGGUGUUUAUGUAGAAAAUCUGUCUGAAUUUGAAGUUCGGACUGUUAGUGACAUUCUCAGGCUCCUGACUCAGGGUUCUUCAAAUAGGAAAGUUGCAGCCACAAAUAUGAAUAGGGAGAGCAGUCGCUCACAUAGUGUGUUUACAUGCGUGAUUGAAAGUAGGUGGGAAAAGGAUUCCUCAACUAACCUACGUUUUGCUAGACUGAAUCUUGUUGACCUUGCUGGUUCAGAAAGGCAGAAAACUUCUGGUGCUGAGGGUGAGCGUUUGAAGGAAGCUGCUAAUAUUAACAAGUCACUGUCUACACUUGGUCAUGUUAUAAUGGUUUUGCUGGAUGUGGCACGUGGGAAGCCGAGACACAUUCCUUACAGAGAUUCAAGGCUAACCUUUCUUCUUCAGGAUUCUCUUGGUGGAAACUCAAAAACAAUGAUCAUUGCAAAUGUUAGCCCUUCUAUUUGUUGUGCAGCUGAAACUCUAAACACCCUUAAGUUUGCUCAGCGAGCAAAACUUAUCCAAAACAAUGCAGUUGUCAAUGAAGAUUCCACUGGGGAUGUUAUCGCACUCCAACGCCAGAUACAGCUUCUAAAGGAGGAGCUUGCUUUCCUCAAACGGCAGAAUGUUUCCAGGUCUCUGUCCUUUGAUUCCUUUGUCAAAGAUACAAAUGAACAUGAAGAUGAUGCAGAAAAUAUAUGUGAUAUGGACAUUUCACAGGAUGAAGAUUCCUUUGAAUCUCAAUCAAAAGACGUUAGAAUGUCAAUGAAACAGUUUAAAUCUUUGGAGAUAACACUUGCUGGUGCCUUGAGGAGGGAAAAAAUGGCAGAAGCUUCCAUCAAGCAACUUGAAGCUGAAAUUGAACAGCUGAACCGUUUGGUUCGUCAAAGAGAAGAAGAUACAAGGUGUUCUAAAAUGAUGCUUAAAUUUCGAGAAGACAAAAUUCAGAGAAUGGAGUCACUUCUUGGUGGUUCAAUUCCAGCAGAAACAUAUCUUCUUGAUGAGAAUAGAGGUUUAUCAGAGGAGAUUCAGCUACUUAGAGCCAAAAUAGAUAGAAAUCCUGAAGUUAUUCGCUUUGCCUUGGAGAACAUUAGGCUUUUAGAUCAGCUUAGAAGACUUCAAGAAUUCUAUGAGGAGGGGGAGAGAGAAGUACUCAUGGACGAAGUAUCCAAAUUACGAGAUCAGCUGCUUCAAUUUCUUUCUGGGAAUUUGGAACAGCAUGAUGAUUCAAAACCUACCAUGCAACCUCAGUUGAAGAAAGCACUUGAUGAGCUUGAGGAAACCAAGUGCAGUCUAGAAUCUUGCCUAGAGGAAAAUGAAAAACUUAGGUGGGAGAUAGACCAAUUGCAAUCAACGCUGAAUAAUUUAAAAUCUGAACAGCAUCAAGAUGACAGUAUUUUCACUGUUGAGGGAUCAGAUCGUGAAGAUUUGGUGCCAAAGACAAUCCAUCAUAAGCUGAGAGAGGGGAAUGACAUUUCUUUACUGGAGAAACAUGAUGAAGAAAUUGUGAACUUGCAUAUGGAAUUGGAUGUACUUAAAGUCAUUCUCAAAGAAGGAAUGCUGUCUCACAGAGAAGUUGAUGAUAGAGCCAUAUGCUUGAACAACGAUCUUCAGCUUACAACAAAAGAUCUUCUACAUAUGACUGAACGGUGUGAAGCUGUAAGCAGAGAAUUAGAAGAAGCAAAAUCCAUUAUUGAAGCUCUUGAAUCCCAACAAAUUCUCUCAAUCAAUGAGAUUGAGGAACUGAGGAAUAGCAACUGUCAAAACUUGCAUAUUAUGAGUGAACGGGAACUUGAAAUCGUGUCUUUAAAGAAGUGCCUUGCUCUUAAGGAGAUACGGGAUAAUUCACCUGAAUCACCUCCGGUCCAUUCAAGGUUUAAUGAAUCCCGACUGCGUACAAAACUGAACAGGAUGCAAAUUUCUCUUGAAAAGGCCAAGAGACUGAAUGCUUUGUGCAAGAAUGAUCGUGAAAGUCAAGCUUCAAGUGAAAAGGAAAUUAAUGAAGUUUGCCGGCAAGCUGAAGCUGAAACUGCUGAGGUGAUUGUCUGCAUGCAGGAAGAGCUAGCAAUACUUCAGCAAGAAGUCCAAGAAAGUCAUUUGAAACAAAUAGAGAUGAAAACAGAUGUAAAUACUUUGGAAUCUGAAUUGAAGCAUCUGCAGGAUGAACUCCAGCUUAUGACUGAAAAUAAUGAAAGUUUAAGUGAAAUACUUGAGAAAAAGGACCUGGAACUGAUAACAUUGGCUGAAGAAUGGGAAUUGCUAACCAGUGAGAUGGAAGAAAUUCUUGGUGACGGAUGUGCGGCGCUCAUGGAUGCCUCUAAUCACCUUGACAAUAUAUCUUCUUCCUUUCCAGAGAAAAGGAUUUGGAUUUCUGAACAAGUGAGUAGAAUGACAAGAAUCUUAUCUGAGAAGGACUUGUUAAUUGAAGAGCUCAGAAGGUGUUUGGAGGAUGCAAACAAUAAAAGAAUUGACAUGGAGACCAUGCUUAAAUCUCUCAGAGGAGCAGCAUUAGCUAUUACAGAAGCUCACCAGCAGGAGUGCAAAGAGAAAGAUAUGGAGAUCCUUCAUUUGACAUCCCAGGUUAAAGAAAAGGCUACAAGUCUCGCAGAAAUGGAAGACACCAUUAAACUAGCAGAAGACCGCAUUAGAAAAACAUCAGUUUGUGCUACAAUUGCUUUUAUUGUUGUUAAUAGAUUAUCGGAGUUGAACAAUUAUCAUUCUGAUGCCUUGAAAGAUAGGGAUAUCCAGUUCAAAGAAUCAGUAGAAUUAAACUUGAGGAAAGAUGCCCAUGUUGAGCACCAAGCCGCUUUGAUCACAGCAGCAGAUGAACAGAUAGUGCAUCUAAGGGAACAACUAGAAGAAUCAAGAGGAACUUGUGCUACACUGGGAAAGCAACUUACCGAGGAGCGAGAAUAUCAUUCUUCUAUGCAAGUAAAGCUUGAUGAAUUUGAGAAUGAUAAAAUUUUGACAAUUGAGAAGCUAGCUGAGCUAAAAACUGGUGUUUCUACUCUAAGGUCGUGCAUGAGCUCAAAUAUGGAGGAGCAUGCCAAUUCUGAGGGACAGAAAUUGGAGGAUAUAUUUUCAUCUUUGGGUGAGAGGGAAGAACGAUGGACAGGUGCAAACACACAUCAAGAAAACUACAAAGACCGGGAUGAAGACCAAAGAGAUCAAAUUUUUUAUCGUUCUCCUAAAGUGGGAAAAGAAGUACCUGGCUUUCCAUGUAAUAAGAAAAACUUAGAAUCUCAAAUCUUCCGUAACAUUUCUGAUAGAGAUAUUACCAUCACACUUCUGAAGCAACAAAUAGAGUCUGCACUAAGAAGCUUGAGUGUGGUACAAGAUCAGAUGGUCAAGCUUCAAAAUGAGAAGAAAGAGAUGUUGAUCAAUGAAAAACAGAACCAGGAGAACUUACAGUGUUUAACGAAUCAAGUAUUUGUGCUGCAAGAAACAAUGAAAAAGUUCGAAGAGCGAUCUGAGAAUGUGAUGGAAGCUUUUAGUCACAGGCUAAAAGCAUUUGAACAGACUGUGCUAGAAGCUGGUUCUCAUUGGUGCCAAACAAAAGAGUUACUUGAACUGGAAGUUGAGGAAGCAAAGAUCGUUUCAGUUCACAAGACUGCUGAGGCAUCUUGUAUUCUUGAUAAAUUUGAAGAAGCACAAGAGAUCAUAAAAGAAGCAGAUAUUAUGAUUAAUGAGCUCAUGAUAGCAAAUGAAACGUUGAAGCUUGAAACAGAAAGGCUAAGGGAAAAGGAAAUGUUGCAAAUCACUGAGCAGGAUCUAUUGAGGAAAGAAGUUAAAAGCUUGCAACACAGUGAUAGUUUAACACGUCAGAAAUUCCAAACUUUAGGGGAACACCUAUGCUCAAAUUUAAUGGAAAUUGAGGCUUCCAUGGCAGAACUGGAGGAUGCCUUUGCAGAGGUCCAGACUACUGUCAACAGUAGUUUUAUGUCUUUUGCCUCCGAGAUCCAAUCAAUGAAGUCUUUACAGCUGGACUCAACCAAGUUUGUCCGCUCAUGUUUUGAGAAUGUAUGGUCUGAAAUAAUUGUGAAGGACUGUGCUAUAUCAGUGCUACACCUCUGUCACAUGGGUAUCCUAUUGGAAACUGUGAUGGGGUUAAAUGCUGAGAAUGGUUUGCUUCAUCAUGGGCUGUGUGAAUCGGAUGUUGCAGUAGCUGGUUUAAGGGAGCAAAACCUCAAAUCAAAAAGAGAGCUUGAUAUGUGUAAAAUUCUGAAAGGAAAGUUGCUGUCUGACCUCAAGAACGGUUUUCAUCGCAUCCAAAAGAAAGAGGAGGAAGCAGGAGAAAUGAAUUCAAAGCUAAAUUCAUUCGAGAAAAAGAUAUCAGACCUUCAAAUCCAAGAAGAACAAAUGUUGCAAAGGUCAAAUUACAUGGGACACCAACUUGUUGUUUUGAUGAAGGAGCUGGACGACAGUAAUAAAAAUUUAAUGUCAACACUUUUGGAUCAAGAGGUAUUGCUGAAGAAAAGGGAAAAAUUCCUCCAGUCCCAGGCUGAUUUUUUUGUGACAAAUUUGUGCGUGAGAGUUUUAGAGUCCUGUAUUUUGGAUUCAGAAUUAGAAGAGAUGACUCUCCAGAAGUCUAUGGCUGAUAGAGACCGUAUCAAUUGUCUAGCAGUUUUUGAGAUUUUGAAGGAAAAGACAAUUAUAUUCAAGGUUGAUGAAGAGUUGAGAGAACAACUCUUACUAGACAAGGAAGCUGAGGUUGUACUUCUCCAAAAAGAAAUUCAUGAAGCACAAAUCGAGCGGCAAAAUUUAUUGUCAAAACUAAAUGAAAGCAAUUUUAGUGCGAGGAAGAUGGAUGAAAUGAACAAAACUCUUGAACAAGAAAUUCAGCUGCUAAAAGAAGCCAGUGGUUCAAAUGAUGUAUUGAAAGUUGAACUGGAUGAAGUUCAGGGGAAAUGUCAAGCACUUGAAGCUGAAUGUGAUAGAUUACUGAAGGAUUUGGAAACGAAAGAAAAGGUCUUGGAAGAUUCUUCCCGUCAAAUAUGUGCCCUUGAUCAGCAAAAUCAGAAUUUAUAUACUGAUCUUGAAGUGAAAAAUAUUGAAUUGCUGGAGCUACAAUAUUUACAGCUCAUACUUGCAGAGGUAUUGUGCUCAAAAAGGCAGGAUUUUGAAAUUUGUGUUAACCAUGUAAAUACACUAAAUGAGGAGAAUAUUUUUUUGAGAAAUAAACUUCAAUAUUAUGAGGAAAAUGUCUAUGCAGUUCUCAGGAAUAUGAGUAUGACUCUUUCAAAAUGUGUUGAUUCAAUGGACAUGUUAGAUGUUGACUGUACCAGAGCAGUUGAUGGGUUGAAUGCAGGUUUUCCAUUCUUGGAUAAGAUGUAUCAUGAGAUGUGGGAAAAUGUAGGGAAGAUAUCUAAUUUUCUGGAAGAGUUUAAAUACCUGGAGUUGAGUGCUAAGGAAGUGGAAUUGGAGAAUCGGUCUCUUCAAUCUGAGUUAAUAAGAAAGGACGAAAUUCUUGCUGGACUUCUUUUUGAUCUUAGCUUGCUCCAGGAAUCUUCUUCUAAAAAUAAGGAUAAAAAGGAUGAACUAGAUGAGAUAGUUGCUUCAAUGCAGGCUUUAGAUAACGAGCUUGCAGGAAAGUCAGCUGAGCUUGAUAAGGCCAUUGCUCAUACCCAUAUGCUAGAAGCUCAUUUGCAGGAUAAAAUGGACAUAAUCUAUGAUCUGGAGCUCAAUUUAUCAACAGAACGUGAUUCUAAAAAGUUAAUUUUCAGUGAAAAUCUGGAGCUGAAAGCACAAGUUGAAAAUGUUCUAGUAGCAAAGAGUUCAAUGGAGGAGGAGUUGUCAGAAAAGAGGAAGGUUACUGAAGACUUGGAAAUGGAACUGUUAAAAGUGGGCAAUCAACUAAGCCAAAUGAAUGAACUGACAAGUGAAAGAGAUCAUCUACAAAUGGAUUUGUGUAGUGUGAAAGAAAAGCUAGAAACAUUAGAAGCGCUAGCUGAUGAAAAUGAGGCAAAACUGAUGGACGCUCAACAGAAUGCUGAAUCACAAAAGAUCUAUGCUGAAGAGAAGGAGGCUGAGGUGAAACUCUUAGAGAGGUCUGUGGAAGAGCUAGAGUGUACCAUAAAUGUAUUGGAAAAUAAGGUUGACAUUGUAAAGGAAGAUGCUGAACAGCAAAGGUUACAACGAGAAGACCUUGAAUUAGAGCUUCAUGCUGUGAAGAAUCAAUUGCAGAAUUUUAGAAAUGCUGAUGCUGACUUGAAAAGGUAUGUAAACGAGAUAGAGAAAAACCAUGCAGAAGCAUGUAAACACAUACAAAUUCUUGAAGGAGAUGUUAAUGAAAAAAUCACUGAGAUUGCACAACUUAAAGCCCAUAUCUCUGAGCUAAAUUUGCAUGCAGAAGCACAGGCUAAUGAGUAUAAGCAAAAGUUCAAAUCCUUGGAAGCCAUGGCUGAACAAGUUAGACCUGAAGGACAUUCCACAUAUGUCUCUAAUUCUUCUUCGAACAAGAUGGACAAGCAUGCAUCCAGGCCACGUGGUUCUGGUUCACCUUUUAAAUGCAUUGGAUUGGGCUUGGCUCAACAAAUGAAAUCUGAGAAGGAUGAAGAUCUCUCUGCUGCAAGGAUUCGCAUUGAGGAGCUUGAAUCUUUGGCAGUUAGCAGACAAAAAGAGAUAUUUGCACUGAAUGCAAGAUUAGCUGCUGCUGAGAGUAUGACGCAUGAUGUCAUCCGAGACUUGCUAGGCAUCAAGCUCGAUAUGACCACUUGCAUGUCACUGUUGGAUGAUAAUCAUCAGCUGCAGAAGACAUCAGAGAGUGCCCAAUUUAACAUUUUUGAGUCCCAGGAAAAGGAGAAGGUCAUAAAACUGAAGAAACAGCUCAGUGAGUUUGUUGAGGAGCGCCGCGGAUGGUUGGAGGAGAUAGACAGAAAACAAGCUGAAAUGCUGGCCUUACAAGUUGCUUUGGAAAAAGCUCGCCACAAGGAUCAGUUACUUAAGACCGAAAACGAAAUACUGAAGUCGGAGAACUUCAAUCACAAGCAGAAAGUAUUGGAACUUGAAGGAGAACUUAAGAAAUUGUCUGGUCAGCAAAAUCUCCAGCAGCGUAUUCACCACCAUGCCAAAAUCAAGGAAGAAAAUAACAUGCUGAGAGCACAUAAUGAAGACCUAAGUGCCAAGCUGCAUCGAACCGAGAUUCUUCUUUCACGUGUGAAAGAAGAGCUUGCUUAUUUUCGCACCUCCUUUGGAAGGACUCCUGACAUCAACUUUGACGAGGAGCAACGACUAAACACCAAGUUGAAGGAAACCGAGGAAGAGAAGGUUCAACUAGCUCGGAAGCUACUGAGUUUAUGCACCAGUGUUUUAAAGGCCGCUGGAGUAACUAAACCUGCGUCUGACGUAUGCCCUGCUGUGGCUGAGGAAGCUCUGGAGCAGCUAAUGACUAGAGUUUCUUCAGUAGAACGAGAGCUGCAGGAUUUCAAAUUCAAGAACAAAAUUGCCAACGAAAGAAUUCGAUUAUCGGAAAUUGUGCCACAGCCUUCACCAAGAAGUUCAAAGAAUGAAGACAAUUGGCAGUCUCCUAAAAGACUGCUUCAAGCUUCAUAUUUUUCUGCUUUAGAUCGAUGAGAGGUGCCAGUCGCCAAACAAAGGUGUUUUCGAGGUGAUUUUUUUAUAAUUCAAUUUAUUUAUUUUUUCUUCCAGGAAAUUGUAAUUAGGCUUUUGUCAGCAUCCAUGAGUAUUGGUUGAGCUGUCUAUCUCUUGUUGACAGUGUAAAUAUUACUGUUAAUUAUGAUUAAAUAGUAAAGAUAAUCAAAUGUAAUAGCCGUGUAAAUUAAAGAUUCUGAA